GGGGCUGUUGAAACGUGAGAAGUGCUGCCUCAGCAGCACCGUGGCGUGUUGAAUGAAACAGCUGAGAGUUAGAAUCCCCGCGCAACCCUUGCUGUAUAGUUUCAGCUUUCUGGACCACGCAGCUCUCCAAAUGUCUAAGGGGAAGAGUUCUGCUGGCUGUCGGGCCAUGGUCAUGGCAGGAAGAUACCUGUCGAACCCGAGCGUGCCCCCCGCGGGGCGGCAGCAGCGAAAGGUGUGCGCUCUACUGCGCCGAGCAGUCAGCUCCACCGUGCCCGGUUCGGUUCGGACAACUGCGACUCUGGGUCAGCAGGAGAGAAUAGGAUAUUCCUCAGCAGCGGACAGACAUGCGGUGGCGAGCCGUAAUCUGAUUUAUAGGGACGUGAAAGCCUUUCUGAAUGAAGUCGGUGGAGAUCCCCGGGAAGCCCGGUACUGGCUGACCCAGUUCCAGAGGGCCACCUCUACCAAGUCGCCUGCCUUUGCUGUUCUGGAGGUGGACAGCUCAGCCUUCCAGAACAGGGAAAUGGUCCAGAGCCUGGCUUUCGGACUCUCCUUCCUGCAGCGAAUGGAUAUGAAGCCCGUGGUGGUAAUGGGCCAGUCUGAGUACCUGGAGGCUGAGCCCUCUAAAGAAGUUGCUGGGCCUUGGUCUAACACAGGUCUGGUGGAGAGAUGUCAGCAGCUGACUGAAAUUCUGCAGGAACACUCAGCCACCGUCCUGCCAUUCUUCUCUGCAGAGUCCUUUCUUCACCUGCAUGAAGCGCCACAAGGAACCAGCGCUCCACCCUCCAUUGCUGUUGACACCAGCCUCCUUCAGUGGAGUCUCGACUGUGGAACAAUUCCUUUGGUUUGUUCGGUGGGGAGGGACGAGCAGGGUUACUCUGUGAUGCUGGAUCCUAUAGAAGUCACAGAGGCUAUCUCCCGAGCCCUUCAGCCACACAAAGUCAUGUUUUUAAACAAUUCAGGAGGGUUGAGGAGCCCAAAACACAAGGUACUAGACUUUGUGUCCUUGCCUAAAGACCUGCCCACACUGUCCACGGCUCAGUGGUUAAGCCCUGUUGAGCGAUGCAGGGUGACCACCAUUGCCAGACUCCUAAAUCAGUUGCCUAUAGAGUCGUCUGCUGUGAUCACCUCAGCGGACACGCUGCUGACCGAGCUCUUCAGCCAAAAGGGUUCUGGGACGCUCUUCAAAAACGGAGACCCCAUUCAUCGGUACAGCUGUCUGAACGAGAUUAAUGUGGAGCGUCUGCUGACGCUCAUCAACAAGUCGUUUGAUAAAACUCUGAAAGAUGAUUACAUCGAUUCUCUAAAGGGACGGCUGCACUCCAUCUAUCUCUCUGAAGGCUACAGCGCAGCAGCCAUCAUCACAAUGGAGCCGGUGAACGGAGGGACUCCGUAUCUGGACAAGUUUGUGGUGAGCAGCUGUAAGCAGGGGCAGGGCACCAGUCACAUUCUGUGGGAGUGUAUCAGACAGGACCUGGGGAAACUGUUCUGGAGGUCUAAAGCAACCAACAGAAUCAACCCGUGGUACUUCAAGCAUUGUGAUGGCAGCUUUGUAAAUGGCGUGUGGACUGUUUUCUGGUUUGGCCUGGCAGACAUCAGGGAUUCCUACGUUCUGGUGGAGCACGCCCAGCUCCUUUCAGACUCAUUCCUGAGCUCUUCUCACACUGCCCAUCAGCAGGCUAAUUCAUCUGAUGCCUAACAACUGCCCAGCAGCUCAUAGCAACUUUAGAGGAUUGCUGCUGCUGUGUUUUUAAAUCCUUCAUCACCAGGAUUAUUUUUUAUUCACUCUAUAAAGAGAUGGAUUCUGUACAUUUUCUUUACUUCAACAUAAGGGUUACAGUGUUCUGUAGUAAUUUAGACAUGCAGCUACUGAGCAACACUGGAGAAUAUUUUCAGUUUGGGCUUAGUCUUAAACAUUCAUGUGAGACAGACAACAGUAUUUCCUUCUGAAAGUAAUUCUCCAGUGAGAACAUUUGUUUCAGCUGCCUUCAGUGUGGUCCAGGUAACUAAAGCACAAGGCAUCCUGCAGAGCCCUGUAAAAUUUCCAGUUUUUUGCUGGAGUUUAUGUUUAUGUAGUACCUUAAGAAUCAUUUAUUUUCAUUUGGCUUGGAAAUUUUACCUCUAACGUGUUUUAUGUAGUCUGAUGGGAGACAGCAGGAGACCGUACGACCUGAAAUGUUGGGAACCAGCGAUUUUAACAGCACACCAAGAUAUAGCUCCAAUUAUUUUUUACCAUUCCAUUGCUGCAGCCCAUUUGAGUUGUCACAAAUACAACCAUUUUAAAAAUCGCAAAAAAUUAAUGUCUGACAUACAUGCAUCAGGAAGAAGAUUUAAUUCUCUCUGAGUGGCUCUCAUUGUGGUUUAAACAACUGUCGGUACACAUUUUGUGCCGUCUACAAACAAGUGCAUUAAAUAAGCAAACAUAUUGUUGGUGCAUUUGACAAAUGUGUUUGUAAAAGGCAAACAAUGUGAAAAGGUGAUGCUCGUUCAUCAGAUGUGUUUCCCCUUACAAUAAAGUUAAAAGCUGUGCAAAAA